AUGGUUGGUUGCAGUCUUGCUGAAUAUAGCUGCGGCGAACGUUCUCCGAGUUGUAUUUUGCUAUCAUUAAUUGCUAAACAUUUCUAUCCUACCAAUAGUUUCAUAGUCGCUAAGCAUCACAUUAACCCUUGUUCCGUUGCAAUAGAAUUUAUCGUGAGCUUCCACAAACUAGGAAUCAAGGAGCGUCUCUACGUAAAGAAUCAGGAGAGCAUCAUUUGCAAUAAACUCAAAGACCUAUCCUCCGAAAUAAUCCAAUCUUGCAACAAGAUCAAUAAAGUUACGGAGAACCACCUAGCUGCUUAUGUUCUAAUCAGGCCAACUGAAGUUUCCGUUUACGAAGCCCAACUUCAGCUUAUGUUGCAGCUGAAUUCAUGGAAGCCAGGCCGGUGCUUGUUCAACGUGGUGCCCGAGCCGAUUCACAAGGGUUAUUAG